AUGUCUGCACUUUUAAAUAAGCUUAGACGUCGUCCAUCUCAUGAAUAUCCUCCUUAUCAACAUCUGGAACAACAUUUUGAGUCUGCAGAAAUAGUGCGUGACACUAUUAUUGGUCUUUCAGAUGGUUUGACUGUGCCUUUUGCUUUGGCUGCUGGUCUUUCUUCUCUCGGUAGUUCCAAGCUCGUCAUUUAUGGUGGUGCUGCAGAACUUGUCAGUGGUGCUAUUUCAAUGGGUUUAGGUGGUUAUUUAGCUGCACGUUCUGAAAUUGAACAUUAUCGUACUGAGCGUUUGCGUGAAGAAUUUGAAGUGGAAGAAUGCCCUCAAGAUGAAGAAGAAGAAAUUGUAGAAAUCCUUGAACCUUAUGGUCUUGAUCGUGAAACCAUUCAACCUUUAAUUGACAGACUCAAGAGUGACCCUCAAAAGUUUGUUGAUUUCAUGAUGAAGUUUGAACUCAACUUGGAAUGCCCUGAUCCUAGACGCAGUUGGAUCUCUGCCUUAACUAUUGGUUUAUCUUAUUUUUUGGGUGGUUUGAUUCCCUUGAUGCCUUAUUUCUUUAUUGAUGAUGCUAUGUUGGCCUUGUAUGUAUCUGUGGCUGUGACAUCCUUGACAUUGUUGAUUUUUGGUUAUAUUAAGAGUCGAUUGGUGAACCCUAACAGUGCUGUUUGGGGUGCUAUUCAGACAUUAUUGAUUGGUGCUGUGGCUGCAGGUGCAAGUUAUGGUAUUGUGUAUCUUUUGCCUCAAGAACCUGGCACAAGCUUGUUGUAG